GUGGGCUGUCAUCGGAACUGAUAGCCGUCUGCUAGCCUAACACACACAGAAAAUUACUUCUUAAAGCGUUUCUAAUUAAUUCAAAGUCAAAGUCAAACUAAUUCCAGGACAAAUAUGGACGAAGACGUGUUGACGACUCUGAAGCUGUUGAUAAUUGGCGAAAGUGGAGUGGGAAAGUCCAGCCUGCUCCUGAGGUUCACAGACGAUACUUUUGAUCCAGAGCAGUCUGCAACAAUAGGUGUGGACUUCAAAGUGAAAACUCUUGCAAUAGAUGGCAAUAAAGCAAAGCUCGCCAUAUGGGACACAGCCGGACAGGAGCGGUUUCGCACUCUGACACCCAGCUAUUACCGUGGAGCACAGGGAGUCAUACUUGUGUAUGAUGUCACAAAGCGUGACACGUUUACGAAGCUCGAAAACUGGCUGAACGAACUAGAAACCUACACAACACGCAACGACAUAGUGAAAAUGCUGGUUGGGAACAAAAUUGAUAAAGACGACCGUGAAGUGGACAGAAAUGAGGGGCUGAAAUUUGCUCGGAAACACUCUAUGCUUUUUAUUGAGGCCAGUGCAAAGACCAAAGAUGGCGUCCAGUGUGCCUUUGAGGAGCUAGUAGAAAAGAUCCUCCAGACUCCGGGGCUUUGGGAGAGCGAAAACCAGGGUCAGAAAGUUCGGCUUGGAGACCAGGAGCAGGCCAGGGCCGGGGCAUGCGGAGGUUACUGUUCCAUACCCUGAAGCAGGGCAAAACGGAAAAGCACCAACCUGAGAGGACUGAAUACCAACCAGAAACUGAGAGUGAGGGAGAAGUGGAAGUGGAUGAGUGCUUUUUCUGUUUGUUGGAGUAGGUCAGUCGGUCGAACAGACAUUGCUGUUUGCACACUUCCUUUUCCCUCUGUUAUAUAUCACUACUUCCUGUUUAGAAGAAUCAGAAAAAAAAGCCUCAUGUUUGUGGAGGGUGCGGUGUUUUAAAUUAACCACGUGGAGUUUAAGUCUGUCAUCUGAGUAUGUAUGGUUUGAAUUUUUCUGGGCAGCAGUGGUUCAGCUGGUCAUUAGGACAACAGGUUACACAGUUCCUUCAACAUGGACCGAUUUGUUGGUUAGAGUAGAUAGCCUGUCAAAUUUUAAUCCGAAAAGUGAAUUGUAAUCAAUAUUGAAGUCUCUUUAACCUUUUCUUACCGGCUGCAAAUCUCACCCUCUGUGUAGAUGCAAAGUACAAACUCUUCUGCUAAACACUGAUUAGGAAGCUGUAUUAAAAGCAUACCGUAGCACUUGGAUCGAGGAUUACGGCGGAGAACAUCCAGGCUAACGCAGGAUUUCAUUUCAUUGCACGCCAGAACACUGAAUGCUCCCAAAGAAGACAUUUUACAAUGAUCCCCAGUCACUGACAUCAGUUUAUCUUUACUGUUCACUCGUGUGUUCUUUAUUUGAUUUCCACCAUAUUCUGUGCUUGCGAUUGUUUAGAUGCUUUCAAACUAAUUGAUUUCCUGUGUUUAUUCCUGUUAGCGUGGAAAUGUGCAAGAAAAGUUGUCACCUCUGUCUUUGCAUUCGUGAUCUGGACCGUAACAUCUAGAGCUACAAGUGUAAAGUUUACAGUAACCAAGAGCGUAAGUGAGUAAAAGAAGCCCUUUUACUCGCUUAAGCUCAUAGUUUGCUUUCAUAAUGUCAGCUUGAUCUUGUAAUCUUGUUCCACAUUUAUUUUGAAGUAUUCAUCUGGUGUGGUCCAGAUUUAUUGAAGGUAUUUCUUUCUUUAAAAAGCAAUAGCACAUUCCCAAGAGCUGUGUUCCUUCCCAUCUUCAGUAUAUUAUGGAUGUGGUGUAUUUUUGCUGUUUGUUUCUGUUUUAUUGUUAAAAAUCAUGUUGAACUCUUCCCGCUGCUGCACCCUGUCUUUUCCCCUCCAUUGCUUUUGCUGUGCAUCUGUUUCAAUCAUAUAAAGUAAUAUGUUAAAUUGAUAUCUGCCUUAAUAUUGAGAUGCAUUUGCUAGAGUUACGGUCAAUUAAUGUUUGAAUUGUUUCAAACUGAAAUAAAUGACGAACCUUAA